AUGUUUAGGGAAUCGACCAUAGGUAUUCCGAUUCCCGUCAAUUCUGAAGGCCGCGACGAUGGAGAUGGGCGGGAGACAUCCAACUGCUGCAGCGGAGAACGUGAUGAGAAAGACACGGGACGCCAAGUGACGAGCAUUGGUGUGAACAUGUUAGACUUUGGCGGUCACUGGUUGUGCGUGGGAGAUGUGGUGGCAGGAUACAAAAUUUCCAUGCAUUGCAAUGCAUGUGAAAGGAGUGUUGCAAAAGUCAUUUCCAAAAUCAAAGGCGUGGAGAAGAUUGUAACCGAUAUGACGAACAACAAAGUGGUGGUAACUGGAAAAAUUGAUCCGCACAAAGUAUUGAAGAAAUUGAAAAGGAAAACUGGAAAGAGGGUCGAGCUACUAUUUUUGGAGGACCCAAAUGCUAAAAAAGAGGAAGAUGAAAGAGUAGAAGAUAAUCACAAACAAGUCAUGAUGAAUUCUUGGAUGGUUCAUUACUAUGGAGAGGGCGAAAUGCAUAUGAUGUUCAAUGAUGAUAAUGCAAAUGCUUGUUCAAUAAUGUGA